CAGCAGUUGUCGUGUCAGGCUUCCAACGCUCUGCUUUGCUUUACUUCCAUUUGCCUUGCACACUACUCUCUCCUUGGAGGGGGAGAAGACACUCGGGCUGACGGGAACAUCAGAUACGAACACAACGUCAAUGCUCCUCUGUCGACGAUCGAAGGCCCUCCACAACAGCCGACGGCGCUCUUAAAUCUGUUCAAUCCACCUAUAACCACCACCACUCCGUACUCCACUGACAGCGGCUUCUACCACACUGCUGCCUCUCACGUUUUUCCCAGCCUGGAUGUCAGGCCGCGCCUGGGCUCAAAGAUUGCGUCUAUCCAGACGAGACGGACGGCCUCUAUGCCCUCUAGCUCUAGCUUUAGACAAAUCAUGGCCAAACUCCCAGACUUACCUGACAGUAGCACCUCUUCGACGGGCAUGCACCGCUCCACAGCAUUACCCCAUCCUGGCACACAAAUCAGUGUGAGAGACCAGUAUACUUCCGCGACACCAUCUUUCAGGAGGGUCUCGGAACAUCAACCCAGAUCUCCAUCUUACCCAACCGCUUUGCGCCGCCAUCCCAUAUCUCCAACUUCAAGCCCGAUUACCGGUUUCACCGCACCGACUGCCUUGAGGAUGGAUGCCGCCGGCCAUUAUCCUCCGUCCUCUUCCAGGACACCCAUGAGCGUGCCUCCGCUGAGCCCCAUCACGCCCCUGGGCAUCCUCCAAUAUUCCGAUGGAGGAGUCGUCAAGAUCGACAUACAUGGUAACAUCGACAAAGGCUUCUUCCAGUCUGACGGCGACUGGACUUGCUACAGGAGGAACUACUUCUCCUGUAUUUGCUCCUUCAGCCUGACCCCCCACUAUCCCGGCCAGCCGCUGCAAUUCACUCUGUCCGGGUCCACGCAGCCUUACAACGUCAUCGGCUUCGCAAUGUCUAUCUCGGCUGUCGUUGCAGAGAACGACUCCCACGUAAUCGAACUGGUUCAGCACACGCCUAAGAGAGACAAGGGCCCAAUCGCGAAACCCGAGAAAGUGCGCCUUCAUCCCAAGUACCCUCACCAAGCGCAUCCCCUCGGGCUAUACCCUCAUGACACCAGCCUUGGGGGGCCAUCCAGAAUCGGCGGCGGCUUCGCAGACGGCGGAAGUUUCCCAGGUGCCCAGCAGGGGGGCGACUCGUUCCAAACGGAGCACACCUUUGAGCGCAUUCAGUUCAAGCAGGCGACUGCAAACAACGGGAAGAGGAGAGCUGCUCAACAGUAUUACCAUCUGCUGAUUGAACUUUGGGCGGAUGUAGGCCAGGGACCCGAUAACCUCGUCAGGGUCGCGUACCGAAAGUCCGCCAAGAUGAUUGUGCGCGGUCGUUCACCAGGACACUACCAGGCCGAAAGGCGCGCCAGCACAAGCAGCGGGCCAGGUGGAUCGGGCGGCAGCAUAUCCGGCUACCCGAACAACACAAUUCUCGGAUCGGAAUACUCUGGAGGAGGAGCGGGAAUGGCAAAUUGCUACGGAGGAGGCUACGACACACGCGGUAGUCAGUACGGAGCACGCCACCAUACCGAGCUCGAACCUAUGAUCCCUCCCGAGGACGCCAAAGCCAUCGAUACAGCCAAGGAGUACCGUUACUACCCCGGUGCUAUCUACGAGCCACCCGAGUCGGCAGGAGGAGUGGAGAUGUUUCAAAGCCACCAAAGUCGGCAGGAUCACAUGCCGCACCUGGCUUCGCAAUACGAUCCACUCCACGAUAGGGUCAAGCGUGAUCCCGAGAAUGGAAUGCUGCCAAGCAUCUUCCAGCCCGGACCGCUCAUGUCGAAUCAGCGCUGCGGUCCGUACGAGGGCAAACCUACAUCAACAGGCUACUACCCGACAAUGGUUCCCCAGUCUGGAUACGAAAAAAUGGGUCGAACGAAGAAUGAUGGCAAACAGUUGCUCUACUCUCCUGCAUUCUUCUGGAUUUUGUUCUCUGGAGAAAUAUUCACAACAAUUGGCAUAAACUCGACGGCGAGAAUCUUGGCGCAUGGAAAUAGUAUGGAGACUUCAUUUGGGACGACGCGAUAUCCGAACGAGACAGGUUGCAUGUUGGAAGACUCAGACAACCUAGUGAAGAAACAAGGGUUAUGGCGAACCGGCGCGUGGGAUACAGAAAGAUAA